AGUUAUAUCCCGUUAUAUCCUCUAAAGGAACGUUCAAUGUCUAAUUUGAAGGAAGUAGUUUUUAACUUCUGCUGCCUUGUUCUUGUUUCAGUUAGCUUGGUUAAGGAAACUCUCAGUACCUUCAUGGAAGUACAAACACGGAAACAUGUUACGUAUUGUAUCGAGGAAGCGCUGGUGUGAGACUCGUCUUUAGGUCGCUGUUGUGAUAAACUGGGCAUGUCGAUGUAGAGGAAUGGACAGCAGAACAGAGCCCGGGGACCAUGAGGAAACUCUGUAUCAGUGCCAACUCAUCCAGAACCUGGUGGACAUUUCCAUCUCUAGCCUGCAGGCUCUCCUGACCAGAUGCGCCGCAUCCGACCACCUCAGCCAGCAAGAGAUCCGCACUUUAGAGGCUACAGCAAGAAAGCUCUCAGUGGACGGCUUGCUACAAAUGUCCAGCUCUGAGCUGCAGGGAACAAUGAGACGCUUGGGUUCCAACUCAGAAGAUCGUUCUGACCUCACUUCUGCCCUGUCCUGUCUGAAGAGUGCUAAUGAAACAGGAGGUGACCCGAGGCCUGAAUCAGGCUCCUGCAACUCUGAGCCCCAACAGGACAGUGACACCUUCUCUCCUAUUAGCCCUUCCACCCCCCUACAGCCUACCAGUGCCCAUGGCCGCUCCAUCUCCAUAUCAGUGUUACCUUGUUCAGAUGACCAGAGACCUUACAUAUCACCUGAGGAAAUGACUGAUGCCUUCGUCCUGGAUCCAGGCCCCCCUCCAGCCACCCGAACCUCAAAGACACGCACUGCUAAGCCCUCCUACACACCACCACCGCCUUCCCGCAAACUGCUGCAGUUCUUUCCCAACAUUACAAUGACAAGAAGCAAGAGUCAUGAAUCACAGCUGGCCAACCGCAUAGAGGAGCCUGCUACACACAAGCCCUGUAAGAAGAACAAAGGGUUGGCUGCUAUUCAUAUCAAUGGUUGUGGGAACAGUCUUGAUGACUCAGCGCUGCGGUCACCAUUGCUGUCUGCCCGAACCCCAGGCCCUGUUCCAGCCUCAGCCCCAUAUAUGAUGAUUGCCACCCAGACCUUGCAGGACAAUGUGACCAUGCACAAGAGCUCCCCUCAGACAGUGAGAAGAGACAUUGGCCUGGCUGUAACACACAGAUUUUCAACCAAGUCUUGGCUCUCCCAGACUUGCCAAGUGUGUCGCAAGAGCAUGAUGUUCGGUGUCAAGUGCAAACACUGCAAGUUAAAGUGCCACAACAAAUGUACCAAAGAUGCUCCCUCAUGUCGGAUAUCAUUUCUCACAUUGCCAAAGAUGCGCAGAGCAGAAUCAGUGCCAUCAGAUAUCAAUAAUCGGAUUGAUCACACAGCAGAGAUCCCACUGCAAUAUGGCACUUUACCAAAGGCAAUAACCAAAAGGCAGGAACCUCCCCUCAAUUUAAACCAGCUGGACUCUAGCAGUAACCCAUCAUCAGCCACCUCCUCUACACCUUCUUCCCCAGCACAUUUCCAGCAGAGCAACCCCCCAAGUGUGAGUGCCACUCCCCCACCAAACCCGUCACCGCAGGGCUCUUGGGACAGCCGCUUCCACUUCCCAGAUGUUGCUGCUUCCACAUAUACUGGUGUUCAACAUUCUGGCACCUACUAUGACUCAGGAAUGUCACAGGUGGCCGUCACUAAGACACAGCUAACAGCAGUGGACCAAGAAGGGGAGGAGGCAAGCGAAGACUACACAGCUGAAGAUGAGGAAACAGCUGACCAGCGCAGCAGAAAAAAGAGCCUUUCCACUGAGGAGUGUGAUGAGGAUGGGCUGGAGGAAUUGCCUUCUUCCAUAUGUCGUCGUGGGGCUGCUGGCCGCUGGAGGGGCCCCAUCUCUCGUAAGGCCAGUCAGACCAGUGUGUACCUGCAGGAGUGGGACAUUCCAUAUGAGCAGCUGCAGCUGGGAGAGCUUAUUGGCAAGGGUCGUUGGGGGAAGGUGCAUAAGGGUCGCUGGCACGGCGAGGUGGCCAUUCGCCUUUUGGAGAUUGACGGCAACAAUCAGGAUCACCUGAAGCUCUUUAAAAAGGAGGUGAUGAACUACAGGCAGACCAGGCACGAGAACGUUGUCUUGUUCAUGGGUGCCUGCAUGGCUCCACCCCACCUCGCCAUCAUCACCAGUUUCUGUAAAGGUUUGACUCUACACUCUGUUGUAAGAGAAAGAGGUCAUAUGCUGGACAUCAAUAAAAUCAGACAGAUUGCACAGGAGAUUGUAAAGGGAAUGGGUUAUCUGCAUGCCAAAGGCAUCAUUCACAAGGAUCUGAAGUCUAAGAAUGUGUUCUAUGACACAAACAAGGUGGUCAUUACAGACUUUGGCCUCUUUGGGAUGUCUGGAGUGGUACAAGAAGGCAGAAGAAAGAACUUUUUCCGGAUACCUCAGGGCUGGAUCAACUACCUGGCUCCAGAGAUUGUUAGAAAAAUGAGCCCAGAGGUUGAUGAGGACCAGCUGCCUUUCUCCAAAGCUGCUGACGUUUAUGCAUUUGGCACAAUCUGGCAUGAGCUGCAGGUCGGAGAUUGGCCAAUCACCAAACAACCUGUGGAAACUACAAUCUGGCUAGUGGGCAGCAAUGAGGGCAUUAAGAAGGUGCUGACAGACUCCAACCUGGGCAAGGAGGUCACGGAGAUCCUGUCUGCCUGCUGGUCCUCUGAGGUAGACAACAGGCCGACUUUCACCCAGCUGACUUGCAUGCUGGACAGACUCCCCAAACUCAAUCGCCGGCUGUCUCACCCUGGACACUUCUGGAAGACAACUGAGUACGUAUCCUAGAAAGAGAAGGUGUAUUCAUGAUCCAGAGUCAACCAGCCUACAACACCAAUCACACCAACAUCUUGGAGUCUGAGUCUACAUCAUUUUAUUUAGUCGAUAAAUAUCUGCCAAAAUCUAUAUUUUCAUGUCAUGGAAUCAGAAAUGAGAUGGAGCUAAAAGGAAUCAAAUGGAAAAUUUUGUAAAUAGGAUUUUGUAAAGGAAUGUGAACAUUAUGAAGCUGUCCUGCUGAGUAUCAACUAUGACUGCUGUUUGGUAUUUUGAGAAGCAAGACUCACAUUUUACGACACCUAAGAUGGCAUUCUACUCUAUUCUACUCUACUCUACGCUUUUUUCCCUGGCACUUCAAUAGUGUUUCUCAGUGUCAGUAGAAUUAUUUUCUCUUGUGUUUCUGAGCUUCCCAGCUCUUUCCUUCUCCUCUUUUUGUGAUUUUCUUUCCUCUGGGUGCCGACUGAUCCACCUCUGCCUGUUCCUGUUCUGCCUGGUCUCCCUCCCUCGUACAUUUUCACCUCUGUCUAUGCCUCUGUUUACCUGUUUCUGUAUUAUGCACACUUGCUUUUCAACACUGCUGGUUUUUGUCUCCUCACUCCGUUCUGGUGAAGGCCAUGGGAUCACCAUCAUUGCCUGAACAAUAACUGUUAUCAGUUGACAUUGUCCGCACAUCAGUCGAAGAUAUCAUCAGUUGAUGAGCUUUGUUUUGCUGUAACAAAUACACACAAAUGUCACAUGACACCCUGUUUUGCUCAGACAUGAGUGAGAUAUAAUGAGAGCUACGGAGUUUGUUCAUUCUUAUUUUGACUCCUAACAGAACAAUGAGCUAGAGUACAAAACUGGAGAUAAUGGUUUUAUUCAAGUGUACAGCAACUUGUGAUAUUGCAACAGAUUUGUUUCUUUCCUGCGUGCACCACAUAGUACAUGACAACCAUAGUACACACCAGAUGCAUCAUACAGACAUUAGUUGGGAUACAGUAGCCUUCUCCAGACUGUGACGCAGAGCUAACAAAAACAGUCACUUCCGGGUAAACAACUGGCAGUUGAUUUCAAUUGCGGAGAUAUGUAAAAUUGGCAAAAUAGUUUAUUCAUUUUCAGCCGUAACUGCAAUGUUUAAAGAUAUAUAAUUAAAACGGAGGUCUGACGUUUCUGCUGCUGCUUAUUUUAAGAACUGUGCCGCUUUGUGUUUUUGAGAAACCAAAUCUACCCAACAGGGAUGUCUUACUGCUGGACGCUUAUUUUCUGUGGCCCAACAGGUAAACAUUACAUUUAGUGGUACCAUUAAAUUGUAUGUAUAAGUGCAGUGCCCGUUCACAGGCGCCGAUGUGACGCCUCCCUGCACUUUUUAGAAAAUGUAUGUCGAGGUGUCUCACCAUGCACCAACAGCAUUAAUAACACUAAAGCAGUGCGACAAUAGAGGAGAUACUGCUAGAUAUUUAGCGCUUCCUUAGAGCGUCAUAAAACUCAGAGUUUCAACACAAACUCUGUUGCAACACAUUUGUUUCUAAUGUAUAUCACACCCACGUGUUGAUGAUAACUCCCUUUCAACAAUUUACUACUACAUCCAAGCAUAUAUGCCUGGCUGUUGCAGAGUGGAGCGUCGUGCGCACCUCGCGUGACUUCCGGAUAAUUUAUCACUGUUGAUGAACCACACAAAGAAUAUUUUAUCAUUUUUAAAUAGCCGGCUACUUUAAUAGACCCGCGAGGAACUGCAACAACAAUAAGCCUCAGUUUAGCUUCGUCUCGCAAUCACCAUGCACAAAAAGACACGAUUCGAUCAGCCGAGUAUAGGCAGGACUUGACAAUUCUGAUUCAACUAUGUAAGGUUGAAACAUGUCCUUUCUAGAUGCCAGUAAGUCUAGAUACAUCAGCACUUUCACUAUGACUGAAUAUUGACAUGUGAGAUGAAAAUGACACAGGAAGUGCUAAAUGGCUGACUUCCUGUUGAUUACAAUAUUUCAUUAAAAAAAGCAGAAAUAUGGACUUAAUACGUAAUAAGAGCAAUAAUCCCACCAUAUCUCAUGAAGAUCAAAGAAACUUUGGCCAAAAAAUAGCAUGUUAGCUGUUGUUGUUGUGAGUGUUCACUAUAGCAUACUUUAGUAUUUAGUAGACACACGGUUCAUGUCAUGUGCACAGCGGCACAGACACCGACUUUUGCCACAGUCACACAAACACACACUAAAAAAUGUCAUCAAACCCGGACAAUUAAUCACAAUACCUGCAUGAAGAGAUACCACAGGAGGUAAUGAGAAAAUAUUUAUUUCUGUAAUUUGGGUGAAGUGAUCCUUUGAAAAGUGUACUCCCCAAAAUAUAAAUAAACAAUGCUUUGUUAUUACAUAAAUGACUUUAUGUUGGGGCAGCUUUGGCUUUGUUUUGCUGUAACAAAUACACACAAAUGUCACAUGACACCCUGUUUUGCUCAGACAUGAGUGAGAUAUAAUGAGAGCUACGGAGUUUGUUCAUUCUUAUUUUGACUCCUAACAGAACAAUGAGCUAGAGUACAAAACUGGAGAUAAUGGUUUUAUUCAAGUGUACAGCAACUUGUGAUAUUGCAACAGAUUUGUUUCUUUCCUGCGUGCACCACAUGGUGUUAGUGAACAGGAUGUGGCUCGUGUGUGUGUGUGUUUCCUCAGGCAGGAUUGCAAUGUUCACUCACUGAAUGUGUCUGAAUGUAAUGGGCUUCACCAGCAGAGUGGAACCUAAUAAAGCAUCAUCCAACGAUGACCUCAUGCAUGUACUGAAUAUGCAGUGUUGGAGAUUGUAUUUAAUAUACAGUGUAAUAUGUACUUCAGUAAUAUUUAUGUAUAGACUUUAGACACUGUGUAAACUGCCGCUGGUGUAUUGGUGUUUUGUUGUUUUUUUCUUGGGUGGGGGGGUUAAUCUGUUCUGUAUUUUGUACAGGAUGAGUUGAUAAUUUGUAAGCUUCUGCUCUGAACAAUGGAAUAUAUUAAAGCUGGUCUCCAGUGACUACAUCUGA